AUGAAUCCAUGAAGUACUCCAGCUCCUGCUCCUGCCAUCAAAAAAUAAAAACCUCCUUCCCCUGCUCCUGCUGGUAGAAAAUAUAGUAGAAUCUUCUUCGUCUCCAUCCUGUUGCUCUUGGUCAGUUGAGAGGAUAAUGAUCUGGAGGAGUCGAAUCAUGUGUGCGAUGUCCGACUAAGGGGAAAAGAAAACAAGAUUCCCGCAGUUGCUAUCAACGAGGAGGAGCUUUGGCUUUUGCUUUGGGGAGGAAAAUUAGUCCGAACCUCCCUUCACUGCGACACUGCGAAAAAGGAGGAGCAAGUUCCAUGGCUUCCACCUUCGCCGCCGCCGCUCUCCUCCUCCACUUCCAGUUGCAGUUGCUCCUCCUCCUUUCACCGUCCGCUGCCCAGCCUGGUUUCAUUAGCUUGGACUGUGGGGGAGCUGAUGAUCACACAGAUGGCAUCGGGAUCCAGUGGACUUCUGAUGCUAACUUCGUCUCCGGUGGCCAGACAGCACAAUUGUUGGUCCAGAACGACCUGCAGAAGCAGUUCUCAACGGUGCGCUAUUUCCCCGCAGACAACCGGAAGUACUGCUACACCAUGAACGUCAGGAACAGGACACGCUACCUCGUCAGAGCCAGUUUCCUCUAUGGUAACUUUGACAACAGCAAUGUCUACCCAAAGUUCGACCUCUCCCUCGGAGCAACUUCCUGGUCCACCAUUGUAAUCGAUGAUGCAACCACCCCAGUAGUCGAGGAAGCAGUCAUCUUGGCCGCUGCUCCGACACUCAGUGUCUGCCUCUCUAAUGCUAGUACAGGGCAGCCCUUCAUUUCUACCCUUGAGCUUCGCCAAUUUAACGGUUCACUCUACUACACCACUGAUGAGGCUCGCUUCUUUCUUACACUGUCUGCAAGGAUAAAUUUUGGCGCAGAAAGUAACGAGUCAGUCAGAUACCCUGAUGAUCCAUUUGAUAGAAUAUGGGAAUCGGAUUCUGUGAGGAGAGCAAAUUACCUUGUUGACGUUGCUCCAGGGACUAAAAGAAUAUCAACUGCAAAACCCAUAUUCGUUGGUACCAACGAAGAACCACCUGAAACGGUCAUGCAAACAGCAGUAGUUGGCCAGGAUGGGUCCUUGAACUACCGCCUUGAUUUGGAGGGCUUCCCAGGAAAUGCAUGGGGAGUCUCAUAUUUUGCAGAAAUCGAAGAUUUGGCACCAAAUGAAACUAGAAAAUUUAAGUUAGUGAUCCCAGGCAUGCCAGCAUUCAGUAAACCAACCGUUGAUGUGGAGGAGAAUGCUCAGGGGAAAUAUCGUCUGUAUGAACCUGGCUACACGAAUAUGUCACUUCCUUUUGUUUUCUCCUUUGGGUUCAAGAAGACGGAUGAUUCUUCAAAGGGGCCAAUUUUGAAUGCCAUGGAGAUUUACAAAUAUGUCCAAAUUACUAUGGGAUCUCAAGAUGCAAAUACCAUGGCUAGUUUGGUAUCACGAUAUUCACAAGAAGGUUGGGCACAAGAGGGUGGUGAUCCGUGCUUACCAGCAUCAUGGUCCUGGGUGCAAUGCAGUUCAGAAGCUGCUCCAAGGGUAUUCUCAAUCACAUUGUCUGGGAAGAACAUUACAGGAAGUAUCCCGGUGGAACUGACAAAGUUAUCAGGGCUGGUUGAGCUAAGGCUCGAUGGUAAUUCAUUUUCUGGCCAAGUUCCUGAUUUCAGCGAAUGCCACAAUUUGCAGUAUAUUCACCUUGAGAACAAUCAAUUAACUGGUGAAUUGCCACCUUCUCUGGGAGAUCUACCUAACUUGAAAGAGUUGUAUGUUCAGAACAACAAGCUGUCCGGACAGGUUCCAAGAGCACUUUUCAAGAGAAGCAUCAUUUUCAACUUCUCAGGCAACAGUGGCCUUCACAUCGUAAACAAUGGCCUUAGCCAGGCUGUAAUAAUUAUUAUAUGUGUGGUGAUUGGAGCCAUUGUGUUAUUGGGUGCUGCUAUUGGAUGUUAUUUGUUUACAUGUAGGAGAAAGAAGAAACCUUCAGAUGACACUGUUGUUAUUACAGCACCAGCAAAAAAACUAGGCUCAUAUUUCAGUGAAGUAGCUACAGAAUCAGCGCACAGAUUUUCUUUAUCUGAAAUUGAAGAUGCUACUGAAAAAUUCAAAAGAAUAAUUGGCUCUGGAGGGUUUGGCAUAGUAUACUAUGGAAAGCUGACAGAUGGGAGAGAGAUUGCAGUCAAGCUUCUCACAAAUGACUCCUAUCAGGGCAUCCGAGAAUUCUUGAAUGAGGUAACAUUGCUUUCCAGAAUACAUCAUAGAAACCUGGUGACCUUCCUUGGUUACAGUCAGCAAGAUGGAAAAAACAUACUUGUGUAUGAGUUCAUGCAUAAUGGAACACUAAAAGAACACCUUCGUGGAGCUGCUGAUGAAAAAAUAACCAGCUGGCUUAAGCGUCUUGAGAUUGCAGAAGAUGCUGCAAAAGGCAUAGAGUAUCUCCAUACAGGAUGCUCCCCAACAAUCAUUCAUAGAGACCUCAAGAGCAGUAACAUUCUCCUUGACAAGAACAUGAGAGCAAAAGUUGCAGACUUUGGGCUAUCGAAACCUGCAGUGGACGGGUCUCAUGUGUCAAGUAUAGUUCGAGGGACAGUUGGGUAUCUGGACCCAGAGUACUAUGUGUCGCAGCAGCUGACAGAGAAGAGCGACAUGUACAGCUUUGGCGUGAUUUUACUUGAGCUCAUCUCAGGGCAGGAGCCAAUCUCGAAUGACAGCUUUGGGCUCAACUGCCGGAACAUUGUUGCGUGGGCUCGAGCGCACAUCGAGAGUGGGAACAUCCACGCCAUGGUUGACGAAUCGUUGGAAGAUGGUGGCUACGACCUGCAGUCGGUGUGGAAGAUGGCUGAGGUAGCCAUAAUGUGCGUGAAGCCCAAAGGCGCGCAGAGGCCAGGCAUCUCGGAGGUGCUCAAGGAGAUCCAGGACGCAAUCAGCAUCGAGCGGGGACCCCAGAUGCAACAGCAGCUCAUGUCCAAGUCAUGUGAGCAGAAUGCAUCAUCCUUGGACAUGCGGCCGGGUCUCAGAUAGCUGCAUCUGCAUGUAUGGCUUGUCUCAGUCCCAGACGAGGAUUGCAGUUUCAUCUGCUUACUUAUUCUCUUGUCUUCCUUGAGUUAUGGAAGGUCGUUUAGCUAGCAAGCAAACGGGAAGUUUUGGCAAAUCAUGUGUGCAAGUUUGAAACAAAUCCUCGGUGAUUGAUCAUUUGUUACCGAAAUGAAAACAAAAGGCAAGAGAUGAUCAAGACGUGCUUUCUUUGUAGACAACGAUAUCAUUCAUCAAAGGCAGGCAGGCAUCAAUGGGAAAUCCCAAAUGUGAUAGGAUGGGCGACUACACUAGAUGUUGUCUAAUGGCCAGGUUUGGUACGAUACUUAGUGGUUAACAGCAGAUACCUAGUGGUUAACAGCAGAUGACUUGUAAACCUCCUUUAAUACAGUAGCACCCAACAAUACGCAUGUAUCUAUUACAUAUUUAAGGUCCAAGAAUCAGAAGCCAAUCAGAGUCGAGGACUGUAGCUAGUGUAACAAUGCAAUGGGUCCUGCAUAUGUGUGCAUAACACAGUUACUAUAUAUACGUAUAUUUACAUGUAUAGUAUAAUUUUCAUUUU